AAAUCAAUAUUUGCAAGACUUUGUAAUCUUAUUUCGUUUCAUGGCUCGUAGGCAUCCCGACGUGUCGUAAACGUCACCAAUUAUCACGUUGGUUACGAUCGUUGAAGUUUCGUUCAAUAUUACGCGCCUAUUUUAUAUUUGAUUUUUCUAUAUUGAUAAUAUUUCCGGCAUUUUUGAUCAGUCGUUUUCAGUUCUUCACAAUUUCGUUUCCAUCGUUGAGUGGAAGUAACUGCGCGAUCGUUCGCAAAAAUGUUGAUAAACGUCUACGUCUAUAAUUUUCCUCCGUUUUUAAAGUGUCUAUUUAAAAUAUAACAACCUGUGAAUAUCAUGCACUAUUUUUAAAUUUAAAGUAAUAACUUCUAGUUGAUAAGAGACAUUUUUUUUUUAAAUAUGAUUUCAUUUUCGUUGAUUAGAAGCAUUACAAUAGGUGCUCGUAAUAUGUUUCACAAAGAUCCCCGUCCAUUAAUACUGUGCGGUCCAUCUGGAAGCGGGAAAAGUACAUUAAUAAAACAAUUAUUCGAGGAAUUCCCAGAUAAAUUUGGAUAUUCCAUUUCACAUACAAGCAGACAGCCCAGGCCGGGCGAGAUAGAUGGACAACAUUAUUAUUUUACGACUAAAGAGAAGAUGCAGAAAGAGAUAGAGCAGGGUGAAUUCAUCGAAACUGCUACCUACAGCGGAAAUUUAUAUGGCACUAGUAAACGUGCGGUGGAAGAUGUACAGAAAGCAGGCAAAAUGUGCAUAUUAGAUAUCGAUAUGCAAGGUGUGAAACAAAUUAAACAAAGUUCCCUUAAUCCUCUGUACGUAUUUAUUAAGCCACCAUCCUUGAACGAAUUAGAGAAAAGAUUAAGAGACAGGCAAACCGAAACGGAAGAUUCUUUACAGCGUAGAUUAUCUGUCGCUAGAACCGAAAUAGAAUAUGGUGAACAGCUUGGUAAUUUUGAUAUGGUGAUCGAAAACGAUGACUUGCCUAAGGCUUAUAACAAGCUACGAGAGUUUAUACUCUCAAACUUAGGACAAUGUAAAACAGAAUGCUAAACAAAUGCUUCCUAAGGAUGUGUACUAACUGGAAACUGUAGUAUAAUCAUUUAUCAUGUGAUUUAUAAUAAUAGAUAAUUAUUAGAUAAUGAAAAGUGCAUGGCAAACUCAUGUCUAACGAUCGAAAUACUAGAAUCGAGAAUAAACUUAGAUAAAUAAUUUUUUAUACUGCAGUAAGUUGAGUUUAAUAUUGGAAAGUAAAUAUAGAAAAAGAUGCUUUAAAUUUUUUAUGCGUAUAAUAAGAAUAACUUAGUAUUACUUCGCUCGAUUAAAAGUUUUUCACGCAAUAUGUUUGUUUGAUGCCUUUAGAGGAAGAGAAUUUAUUUUUACAUUUACAAGUGAUAGAAUGUGGGUAGAAGUUAGUAUCGUGCGGUUACCCGACGUGUUGGUUUCGGGUCGGGUAUUUUUCUCAGUUUCAGGCGGGGAACCUAAAAAUUUAUAACAUUUAAGUAUCUGAAUCUGAAAGUUGAACAAUUAUGUUUUCUUCAUAUUAAUUUAAAUAAGGUUUAAGUGCAUGUUUGGGUUUCCUACCCGACCCGAGGCUCGGUUACCUGCACAUUUCCCUAGUAAAGGUGUAAGUUGUACCUAACUUUGACGAAACUUUCACUUUGUCGCAGAGUAAUCGAAUAAUUUAACACAACAUACGGUGUUAAACAGAUGUAGAUAUUUAUGACGAAACUAAAACUGUUAGUUAUUAUUCGCAUGACUAAGAGUGUUCGGAAAUUAUACGAAAUAUUGUUCCCUUAAAAGUUUGAUCGUUUCUUACUAAUUCUUACUAAUUUUACUGCCACUUAUACUUAAUUCGCAUUAAAUAAGUAUGUGCAUGUUGUACGAUAAUGCAACAAGCUUUGACUUGUUUUCAUUUUUGGUAAUGGUUAACGAGAGCGUGAAAUGGUUGUAGAAAAAAGGAUAUCUUAAUGUAUCUGUGGGGAGAACCGUCAAUUUGUGUGGAAACAGAUUUUAGAACGGAUUAGAUAUCCAAAA